AGGGCCUAAAAACAAAACACUUCACACUAAAGCAUUUACUCUUCUCUUAUGAUCUCCAAUUGCCGAGGAAAAGGGGAGGAGUCUGGAAGCACUGUAAUCCCACAGAAAUCUGCCUCUCGGAAAACGUGUUUGAAGGAAAUAGAUAUUAAUCUACCACCCACCUCCUUGAUUGCAUAGAAACUCAUUACAUAUUUUACAUUGCAUUUGUCUAUAUUCCAUCGUUUUCUAACACUCUCUUUGUGCUUAUAACAAGAAAAAACAAGAAUUGGUGAGUUUUUUAUUCUAACUUUGAGGACAUGGAUGACUUCAACUAUUCACUUUCUGAAGUGAAAAGCAAGUACAGAGAUGCUACCCUUUUACCGAAGUGGAAAGCAUUUCAGACAGUCAUAUUUAAUGAACUGGAUGAUGGUUUGCACGACUCAAGUAAGAUUGCUGCCUUUGAUUUUGAUGGAACUCUCGCAAAAACUGCUGUGAAUAUAGUGGGUCCAAAUGCUUGGUCACUCAUGUAUUCUUCAAUUCCUGAUAAACUACAGAGCUUAUAUCAUGAUGGCUACAAGCUGGUAAUUUUUACCAAUGAAUGCAAUAUUGAGCGCUGGAAGAACAAGAGACAGGUAGCUGUGGACUCAAAAAUUGGACGGCUGAAUAGUUUUAUUGAGACGGUGAAGGUCCCUAUGCAGGUUUUCAUAGCUUGUGGUUUACCUAGUAAAGCUAAUAUAACGGAUGCUGAUCCUUUUCGCAAGCCUAACCCAGGGAUGUGGCGACUUAUGGAGAAGCACUUCAACUCUGGCAUUGCCAUUGACGUGGAUGAAUCUUUUUAUGUUGGUGAUGCAGCUGGGAGAGAAUCAGAUCACAGUGAUGCUGAUAUUAAAUUUGCAGAGGCGAAUGGUUUGAAGUUUUAUGUCCCUGAAGAGUUCUUUGACACUUAAGGGUCUCAUCAUUUGAAAGAGUUAUUCUUAAUAACUUUUGCUUCUAAAGCAAGUUGAAGUAAUUUUACUUUGUAUGCUAUCACUGCAUUUUAACUACACGUUUAAUGGGAUUGCUGAAAAGUUUAAGGUUGUUUUGCAAGAGCAAUAGAAAAGAUUAUGUUUCUUGAACAAAUUAACCCCAAUUUAUGGGAAAGAU